AUGGAUAUGUUCCAUUCUGUUCUUGAAAUUGUACCACAAACGAGGUUGGAAAUGGUCAAUGACCUGGAAAUUCCUGAAGAUAUCUCAGUAACACCGUAUGAAUGGUGUGAAGAGACUCUAGAUAGCGACAGCAUUCCCUCGGUUAGUGUGGAAGAGUUCGACGUGAAAACUGUCAGCUCGGAGUCUAGUUUAGCUCUAUCUAGAGCUAUGACGGACUCGGAAAUUGACUAUGCGAGAUAUCGGCGCUUGAAAAGCAGGAGCUUUAGUGACUCUUGGGUGCAUAUGAGAGCAGCUAUCGAAGCGUUUCCCCCUGGAUAUCUAGACUCCUUGAAUAGGUCAGUUCAUUUUGUAUUGUUUUCUAUUUUAAGAAUAUACCUAUACUUACUUAGUUUCCAAAAUACCCCACCUGAAAGUACUGAAGAUACCUACUUGGCGAAGCAUAGGUACAAUGAAGAGUUGAGGCUGAAGAUGCAGAGGUUCUUUGACGAGGAGUGUCGCGUGUUCUCGCCUGACGACCCUGGCUUGAUUGUUUUAGAAGAAGCUUUAAGGAAUGUUGAUAUAAAGGACACAGACAUAGAUAGCAGCACUUCGGGAACAAGA